GCUGCAUCACUCGGCGAGCCUUGAGGAGCAGUGAAGGUGCGCUCGACGCCUGCGCAUGACGUCCUCGUACACGAUGAGCGCCAGUCCAACUGAGGAGAGUGGCGGAGGCGCGCAGAAGCGGAAGGGCGACGAGGGAGCUCCGCAGCCGAGAGCUAAGCGCAACCGUUAUAUCUCGAUAGCUUGCAACGAGUGCAAGCGUAGGAAGAUCAAGUGCAACGGACAGACACCAUGCCAGAGAUGCGGAAACCUCUCGCUCGAGUGCCUCUAUGCACCGAACUGUUGCAACAACUUCAAAGAUUCCGAUGAGUUCAAGCAAAUGUCAGGGCAGAUAUUGCUCCUCCAAGAACAGGUCGACCAGCUCUUCGCAAACUUGAGCGCAUUGAAAUCCCACGUCGACAUCCAAGGCGCGGGCUCCAUCGGAACACCUUUCCACCCUCCAGACUUCACACAACCCAUGUCUAUUGGCCAGAUGUCCGCCCUGCCUUCUUCACCCGCGCGCCAGCGAUCAAAGUCGAAUGCGAAGCGUCCCCGGUUCCAGGGCCCAGCAUCCAAUGCAUUCAAUCUGGGUGUCGCAAAGACGAGCUUGAAAACAAUGGGCAUAACGGGCCCCGGCGAUGGAGACGAGGGAAUCAUAACAAUGGACGCUACGCCCAUGGGCAGUCCGCCUCUUGAUAAUGCUAUGCUACCCCAGGAACUCCAUGCGGACAAGGAUCCCAUCUGGUCCGUCUCCAAGCAAGAAGCAAUGAGGCUGAUCAACUUUUGGCAGGAAGAGAACGGAGCUCUGUAUCCGUUCCUCGAUAUCAACGAAAUGACUCGUUAUGCCGACAUGUUGUUCUGUUUCAUCGAAGCCGCUGUCCGACAAGGACUGAUGCAAGGGGCACUUCCAGGAGCUGACGCUAUUGAGGACGAGAAGACCAGCAUACUCAAGAUGAUACUCGCCACGGCAUUGAUUCUCAGAGGUAACGGCAAGGAUCCGCUCGGUGACAGGUUUUUCAACAACGUUCAAAAGGUCGUUGAGAGAACCCUUUCGGAGCCAGUCGACGUAAAGAGCAUCAAUUUGCUGACACUCACCGCCAUGUUCCACUUCCACAAGGACGAUGAAGUUCUUGCCUGGCGUACUAUUGGCCUAGCUGCGCGUCAAUGUUUCGAGCUGGGCUUGCAUAGGCGCGAGGCGUAUGAUUCAAUUACCGAUUCGGGCGAACGCAACUCAGCUAUCAGGACGUUCUGGUCCGUGUAUGUGCUGGACAGGCGUUGGAGCUUUGGAACAGGCAUGCCAUUCGCUCUACAAGAUGCUGAUAUUGACUUGAAUCUACCUAGGCCGGACGACUCGACCCCCUACCUAAAUGCAAUGAUAACUUAUAGCGUCAUCGGAUCGAAAGUGUGGAAGUCUGUUGGGAACACAGACUCAUCCCAGACUCCAAUCAAAAACGAAGACAUUAGCUUUCUCGACUUCCAAGUGCUUAAUUGGCACAGAUCAAUACCUGAAUCACUAAAAUUCGCACACCCAGACAGCGGUCGGCAAGUGUCCAAUCUCCCACGUGCAGUCUUACGGCACCAAGUUGUGCUGUACCUUCGGGCGAAUCAGAUGCGCAUCCUGAUAUAUCGACCUGUGUUGCAUACAGCUACUUCGAUAGCGGAGAACAUGGAGUUUGCCCAAACCGUGGUCACGGUGGCGAAAGACACUAUCCGCACACUGACAUACAUUAAUCAAACUUCGGACAUCUAUAAAGCCCAGCAGAUCCUGUUCAACUAUUUCCUCAUAUCAGCCCUUGCCGUACUCUUUUUGGCAGUUGCUCACGCGCCUGCCGACUUCAGUGCCGAAUGUCGAGACGAAUUCUACCAAGCACUUGACCUCGUCCGCUGUCUCUCGUCAGACUCGUACGUUUCAAAGCGGCUGUGGAAAACGAUCAAGGUGCUCAAAGAGGUUGGACCCCGGUUGGGACUAAACAUCCGAAACGAUGCAUCAGACGCACACUCUUCUGCGGCCGUCGCUAUGGCUGGCCUUGCAGGGCACCAGGUCGACGAAAUGGCCAUCUAUUCGAAUGGACAGAAUGGAAAUAUUGACACGCCUCACGGAAUGGCGUCGGAUCUGACGAACUUGUUUGAGGCAGCAGGCAACUACCCGAUGUUGCAGAAUGGAUUUGGCUUGUCUUCGGCAGAAUUGUCACAUGGCGAAUUUGCGUCUGCUUUUGGAAAUGAGAAUGACGAGCUUGCACGGAUCUUGCGCGAUCUGUUUUGACGAACAGAGUCUGACAUUUGUCGGCGAACAAAGCCUGCGAUUAUACCCGGUUAUGACGACUGUAAUGAGGGCCCGACAUCAACAUGUCUUUUUGAAGCCCAGCUACCACCAGCAGCUGUGCAGCCAACGUCGAUGUAUGUUGGACGUCCAGCCGAUGUUUU